AUGGCCACAGUGAGAUCAGGUUAUGAGUCUCACCACGAGACUGUACCAAUUGAACACCGCUUCAACCCAUACUCCGACUCUGGUGGUACCAUCUUGGGUAUUGCCGGAGAGGACUUUGCGGUGCUUGCCGGAGACACCAGACACACCGUUGGAUAUUCGAUUAACUCACGUUACGAACCAAAGGUGUUUGACGUUGGUGAUAACAUUGUGAUAUCGGCUAACGGAUUCUCUGCCGAUGGAAAUGCCUUAAUUCAAAGGUUCAAGAAUCAGCUUAAAUGGUACCAUUUCAACAACCAAAAGAGGAUGAGUUUAAAGAGUUGUGCUAGAUUCAUACAGCAUAUGCUCUACGGCAAGAGAUUCUUCCCAUACUACGUCCAUACUAUCAUUGCGGGGCUUGACGAAGAAGGUAAAGGUGCGGUAUAUUCUUUUGACCCUGUGGGCUCUUAUGAAAGGGAACAGUGUAGAGCUGGAGGUGCCGCUGCAAGUUUAAUCAUGCCGUUCUUGGAUAACCAGGUGAAUUUCAAGAACCAGUACGAGCCAGAUGGAACAAAAAAGCCUUUGAAGUAUUUGACAUUGGAGGAAGUCAUCCAACUGGUGAGAGACGCAUUCAGUUCGGCCACGGAGAGACACAUCCACGUUGGUGAUGGGUUGGAGAUUCUGAUUGUUACCAAAGAUGGCGUUAGAACUGAAUACUUUGAGUUAAAGAAGGAUUGA